AUGUCAAGUGGACAAAAAGCAGGAUUGUUGACAAGUAAGGAAAUUCAAGAGGAAGCAGCAAGGGCUCGACAAUUGGAACAAAGGGCAAUGGAACGAUUGGCGGAAGAAAGAAGGAAAAAUAAUGAUGAUGAUGAUGGUGAAGAAACAAUUUAUCGUGAUAGUUCUGGUAGAAAAGUGGAUCCUAAAUUGGCCAAGGCAGAACAAGCAAGACAACGAAAAUUGGAAAUAGAACGACAAGAAAGGAAAAUGGAAUGGGGUAAAGGUCUAGUACAAAGAAAUGAACAAGAUCGACGACGAAGACAACUAGAAGAGGAGGCUCACAAACCAAUGGCUAGGUAUGCAGACGAUGUUGAAUACAAUCAGGGACUUCGAGAUGAAGAUAGAUGGAAUGAUCCUGCGGCGGGGUUCCUUACCAAAAAAUCAAGUACAUCUACUGGGAAAGGAAAACAAAUGGUCAGACCAAAGUACAAGGGUGGAUGGAAACCAAAUCGAUUUAUGAUACCACCUGGAUACCGAUGGGAUGGCGUAGACCGAUCUAAUGGUUAUGAAGAUCAAUUUUUAUUACAGCAAAAUAGUCGAAAAUCCUUAGCAGCUGAAGCUCAUGCAUGGUCUACCGAAGAUAUGUGA